GCCCCGCCCGCGCCCUCCGCCGGCCGGCAUGAAAGGGGAAGGCGGGCGGGCGCCGGCCGCUCCCUUACCUUCUCCGUGCCGCUCGGGCCGCGGCUCUGUGCAGUGAACUCCUCGCUGCUCCCUUCUCCCACCUUAGGAGCUUCUGGAUUGCAGGCUGCAGUCUCAGUUGUUAGCUGUCCAAGCGUGUGGCCGAGCCUUUCAUACAAUAUAAAUGGCACAUGUCUCUCCUUGCAGUGAAGAAGAUGAAGGUAUUACCGUGCCCGGCUGCUCUUCUCUUCGUAGUGGCUGCGUUCAGCCUGGAGCCGUGCCGCUGUGCCAAGGUGCUGAUCAUGCCCACCAUCGUCUUUGACAGCCACUUGCGAGUCUUCAUGCGCGUGGCAGAGGCACUGACUGAGCGGGGCCAUGACCCCGUGCUACUGCUCCAUGAGGCUCGGGAUGUAGAAGCCCACCUGCCUGCCUUCCGCGUGCAGAGGUACUGGGGCAUCUUCAGCACGCAGAGCGCAGAUGCAUGGGUGCAGGAGAAGAUAAAGCGUGUCUUCCAAGGGAAGAUGACCUCUCUGGAGAUGUUCUCCUUUUUGGAGAAGUACCUGGAAAACUGUGACCUUGUGCUGGGAAACUCUACCCUCCUGCAGAAACUGCAGCAUGAGCACUUUGACCUGCUGCUGGUGGAUCCCAAUGAGAUGUGUGGCUUUAUCCUGGCUCAUAUCCUCGGUGUCAAAUAUGCUGUGAUCUCCACUGGCUUCUGGUUUCCAGCAGAGAUUGGUGCCACUUCCCCCAUUGCCUAUGUCCCUGAGUUCAAUUCCCUGAUGACUGACAGGAUGAGCUUCUUUGGUAGGACUUGGAAUCUCCUGGUCUACAUGAUCACUCGUGUGGCUACAAAGCUGGUCAUCCUGCCCAAGUUUGAACGUCUCAUGGAGAAGCAUGGGGUGGAGCCCAAGAUAUCCAUGCUAGACCUUGUCCAUGGAUCGAGCCUCUUCUUCCUCUGUAAUGAUGUUGUGCUGGACUUUCCCCGGCCAACGCUCCCCCACGUCAUUUUCACAGGAGGCAUCCUUGCUGAGCCUGCGAAACCUCUUCCAGUGGAUCUGCGUCUCUGGGUGGAAGCAGCAGAUGCAGGUGUUGUUGUCGUCUCCUUUGGCAUUGGGAUCCGAGCUCUUCCCACUGACCUGGUGGAGAAGAUGGCUGGUGCGUUUGCCCGCCUCCCACAGCGAGUGGUGUGGAGAUAUUUCGGACAGAAGCCAAGAAACCUGGGUGAGAACACACUGAUGAUGGACUGGCUGCCCCAAAAUGACCUGCUAGGCCAUCCCAAUGUGAAAGCCUUCGUCAGCCACUGUGGGAUGAAUGGAAUAUUUGAGGCCAUUUAUCACGGUGUGCCAGUGGUGGGGUUUCCAUUCUAUGGGGAUCAGUUUGACAUCAUGACCAGAGUGCAGGCGAAGGGCAUGGGUAUCCUCAUGGACUGGAACAGUGUGACAGAAGAGGAGCUUUACCAGGCUGUUGUCACGGUUAUCACUGACCCCAGCUACAGAAAAGCAGCUAAACUCAUCUCUGCUCUGCACCUGGACACUCCGAUGCAUGCUCUCAACAGGACAGUGUACUGGCUGGAGUACAUCCUCCGUCAUGACGGGGCACCAUAUCUCCGCCCUGCUGUCUAUGAUCUCUCCUUGUACGAGUACUUCUGCCUGGACAUCUUGGCUCUCCUCCUGCUGUGCCUGGCCAGCGUGGGAUUUGUCCUCUACAAGUCUGUGGUGUGGUGCAGGAGGAAGGCGUCCAGCCCUGUCUAUCAGAAUGGCAAUUGUGUGAAAGGCCACUUCACAGAACAGAAGAAAUCACAAUAGUGGCUCAGUGUGUUCUAGGGCACAUCCCUUCAGUGUGAAACGAGCUGCUGCCAUGCCAAGAAAUGUACGGCACGCAGGCACAGUGAGAGGCGAGAGAUAAGUGGGUCUGGAUGAGAAGAGCCGGGGGGAGGGAGGACUAUUGCGAAGGCCGAUGUGCACACCUCUGUGUACUGGUGGGCGGGGAUGUGAAUUCAGGCAUGGGUGGAAGUACUUGGCCAGGACGCUGGGAGUGGGGCAUGGGUAGGGACUUCCAGGGAGGAGCAAGAGCUGUUCCCUUCUUACUGCGCGUUGGUUUAGAUGCUGGUGUUGCUCUUCUCUCUUUCUGCAUCUCUGUGGUAACUCUGGAGGUAGGAAUAGCAUUUGGUUUUAGGCUGGUUCUGUUUCUCCUCUGGCUUGUUACCAGGAGCCCCGAGAGCCAGGAUUCCUUCUUUCAGGUGAGGACCUGAGCAGAGCUGUGGGCACGGAGGGGCACUGGAAGUAUUGUCCAAAAGAGAAUGAAAUCGUUCUGUUUAAAGUUCUGUGGGUAAAUAUCGUUCUUCCUGCUUCUUUCAACCCUUGGCAAUCUUCUUUGUGUUUGAGCUAAAUUAUUAUUUUUUUUAAAUAAAGUUAUGUU